AUGGAAUUGGUGCGAAUCAAUGAUCCAAUGGUGUUGGCUCUUGUGGAGACUCACUUGAGUGGUGAGCAAGCUGAUAAUAUUUGUGCUCGAAUUGGUUUUUCGGGGCAACGUAGGGUGGAAGCUCAAGGGUUUAGCGGUGGAAUAUGGCUAUUUUGGAGGAGGGAGCAAGUGUCAGUCACUUUAUUUGAUGAAAAUACUCAGCAUAUGACGGUGAUAAAUAAGAAAAAUGGAGAUGAUCCUUGGUUAUUUUCGGCUAUAUAUGCCAGCCCGAGUAGCAGUUUACGUAGAGAGUUAUGGCAACAGCUUGAAAACAUUCGCAGGAACUACUCGGGUCCUUGGUUGCUUGGAGGCAAUUUUAAUGAUACUCUGUCUAUUGAUGAGAGGAAUGGAAAUAAUAAUUCGAAAAUGCAGAGAAGGCGUCAAGAGUUCUCGAACUGGGUCGAGAAUAAUGGUCUUAUUGAUUUGGGUUGCACUGGUCCUGAGCACACUUGGUUUCGAGGUUUAACUCCGGACAAUUUUAAAUCUGCGAGAUUGGAUAGAGGGCUAGCUAACGAAGAGUGGAGGCUGUUAUUUGCGGAGGGUGCAGUGCGGAAUCUCCCAAGAAUUAAAUCGGACCAUUGUCCGAUUUUAAUUAGCACUAAUGGUUUUGCCCCUAUUUCGAUGGUGAACAGACCCUUCAGAUUCCAGGCUGCGUGGGUACAUCAUGGUAAAUUCGAAGAGUUUGUUAAUGCGAAUUGGAAUAAGACUGCUCCUAUUGUUCCUUUUUUAAAAGAAUUUGCGCUGAAGUUGGAAUAA